CCAGCCUAUUAAAUCACGGGGGGAGAAUGUUUUUGAAACUCGGCAUGCGACAAGACCGACAACUUCAGUUUAUAUUAUCGACUACAGGAGAUAACGCUUCAGUGAUAAAAAUUGGUGCAAUUUAUGCCUUUCGUAGUAUCUACAUUUUAUUUGAACAACUAGAUAGAACAUUCCGACCCGCUGGCAGGUCUAUAGGAGCUCGAAGUGUUUUGUGUUUAUUUAUGUUGAGUUUCACCUCUGCAUCUUAGUCAAACAUUUGGCUUUUAAUAGCACAGUCUUAACGAGCUUGUAAACUUGAUAAAAAAUCGCAUUACCAAACAACUAAAAUGUCAUCGCCGAAAGAAUCCAACGUUCAUCAGAACAACCAAGAACACAUCAAAAGACCAAUGAAUGCUUUUAUGGUGUGGUCGCGAGGACAGCGUCGUAAAAUGGCCCAAGAGAACCCGAAGAUGCACAACUCAGAAAUAUCCAAAAGACUGGGCGCUGAGUGGAAAUUGCUCAGUGAAGGAGAGAAGAGACCGUUCAUCGAUGAAGCCAAACGCCUAAGAGCUCUACACAUGAAAGAACAUCCAGAUUAUAAGUAUCGUCCACGUCGAAAGCCAAAGCCGCUCAUGAAGAAAGAACCGAAGUUCGGUUUUUCCAUGUCCCCAUUAUUACCACCGACCAUGGAAAAUCAUAAUCUGCAACGAACCCUGAUGACUCCAAUAUCAACAUCAUCAGGUGUGACAUCCCUUUUGAAUCCUGACUCGGACCAUUUAAAAUUAUCGCGAAGUUUAUUUCCGCCUUUGCCAUACUUGUAUCAUCCUUUCCGGCAUCCGGAUGAAUCCAAAUUCGCAGCGGAACUGGCUCUGUUAUAUAGUAAUAACCCAUUGUACCCUCCGAAUAUUAAUUGGCAUAUAAACAAUAUUGCCAGUCAGAAUUUAAAUGGUUCAAACCCGUGCAACAUGUGUCCUCCGACAUUUUCGCGAAGAUCACCCAGUCCAGAGCAGCUAAAGCGACCAGUUUGCGUUAUAAUGAAAAACGAGGAGUUUCGAAAUGAGCCCGCACAUGUUAUAUGAAAACCACUUCCGGUUCUGCCGGAUCGGCUGAACCAUUGGUUUAGUGAUAUUGCCAGUUUGGCAACGAGUUCAAGUACUGUAUCUUCUACAGCUACUUCCGCUAUUAACUUGAUGGAGUAUAGAGAUAAUGGGGAUUCUGGGAGAGAUAGCAGUAGCCCCUGCAAUCAGUAAACUCAAAAGUUUGUAUUAAAUUUUUAAAUACAUAUAUCUCCAUUUUUCGAUCAAUUGAAACAUUGAUAACCAAUUCUAUGUUACAACCGUAAACAGCCAAAAUAGCAGAUUUCUUUCUUAAGUUUGCGUAGGGGUGAUACAAACUUGAUAAUCAACGCAAACAAUUCCAAUGAUGAUGAUUUCAUCUAAUUUAAUUGAAAAUGUUGUGCUCUCUAAACCUACAUGGUUUUGCCAAAAUAUAUCUUGCGCCAGAAAAUCCUAAAUAUCUUUAAACAAUCUUCAUAUAUUGACAAAAACAUCCACAAAUCUUCAUUGUUGAACAUUUCUCAAUUGAUCAAGAAACUGAAAUAACUCUCUCUGAGUUAUUUCUCUGUUGUACUCUGUAAUCUAUGUACUGAGGUACUCGAGACCCGAGUAACAACUCUGUUCUGAGUGUCUAAUACAUAAGCAUCUUUAAUACUUCUAUCUGGUUAAAAAUCAAUUUCCCAACUUUUACAAUUAAAGUUCAUUGGUAGAACUUAUUAUGAAACAUGUAAAUAUUGUUAAUUACGCUAAGUUAAUGAUAAAAAUUUUGGUUAUUUAUAUUAAAUCAAUCAAAGGCUAUAUACUAAAGAAUUAGUGCAAUUAUCUGUUGAUUUUGAUUCGUUUUAGAACCGCAAUUUUUGUAAAAACGUUUUUGUUUACUUCCUAAAAACAUAUUUGUUAAUAAAUAUAUUCAGUUCAAA